AUGGGUGCCGAGGCCUCGGGGUGCGGGCCGGCGCUGCGCGAGCUCGUGCGCGAGGCCGAGACCAGCCUGCUCGAGUGCAAGGUGUGCUUCGAGCGGUUCGGCCGCGGCCAGCAGCGGCGCCCGCGCAACCUGCCCUGCGGCCACGUGGUCUGCCUGGCCUGCGUGGCCGCCCUGGCGCACCCGCGGACGCUGGCCCUCGAGUGUCCCUUCUGCCGGCGAGCCUGCCGGGGCGGCGACACGAGCGACUGCCUGCCGGUGCUGCACCUCCUGGAGCUCCUGGGCCCCGCGCUUCGCCCGGCCGCGCCCGCGCCCCGCGCCCUCCCCGGCGCCCCCGGGGUCCUCGCCUGCCACCAGGCCUUCGGCGGCUGGGGGACCCUGGUCAACCCCACCGGGCUGGCGCUGUGCCCCAAGACGGGGCGGGUCGUGGUGGUGCACGACGGCAAGAGGCGGGUCAGGGUCUUUGACUCCCGGGGACGGUGUGCGCAUCAGUUUGGGGAGAAAGGGGAGGCUGUCCAAGACAUUAGGUACCCACUCGACGUCACCGUCACCAACGACGGCCACGUGGUUGUCAGCGACGCCGGCGACCGCUCCAUCAAAGUGUUUGAUUUUGGGGGCCGUAUCAAGCUCGUCAUUGGGGGCCAGUUCUCCUUACCUUGGGGUGUGGAUACCACGCCCCAGAAUGAGGUCGUGGUGACUGACGCGGAGGCAGGGUCCCUGCAUCUCCUGGAAGUCGAUUUUCCGGAAGGGAUCCUGCAGAGAGCUGACAGGAUGCUCGCUCACCUGUGCAGUCCCCGAGGGGUGGCCGUGUCUGGGCUGACUGGGGCCAUUGCGGUCCUGGAGCACCCCCUGCCUCCGGGGGGCACCCGAGCGUGCAGCACCAGGGUGAAGGUGUUUAGCGCAAGCAUGCAGUUGAUCGGCCAGGUGGAUUCCUUUGGACUGAGCCUCUUCUUUCCUUCUAAAAUUACUGCCUCCGCAGUGACCUUUGAUCACCAAGGGAAUGUGAUUGUUACUGAUACCUCUAGUCAAGCUGUCCUAUGCUUAGGAAAGCCUGAGGAAUUUCCAGGACUGAAGCCCCUCGUCACUCAAGGCCUCUCCCAUCCUGUGGCCCUGACCUACACCAAGGAGAAUUCUCUGCUUGUGCUGGAUGCGGCUGCCCAUUCUGUAAAAGUCUUUAAGGCUGACUGAGGGUGUUGGGGGGUGGCUGGGGCCUGGGAUCAGAAGCCCUGGGGUUGCCACUGAUGAAUUGGUUAGCCCUGGAUAAGACAAUCUCAUCUAUCCAAGAGGGAAAAUUAUAACUGCCUGGCAAAUUUACAGAGGUUGUGGCAAUUAUUAAAUAAUAAUGAAAUCUACCGUUUCUUGAAUGUGUACUCCCUGUGCUAAGAGAUUUGCAAACGUUAACUCAUUUAAUCCUUACAACUACCCAAUGAGGUAGUUUCUAUUAUCAACCCCUUUUUGGAGAUGAGAAGACUGAGGUCCAGAGAGGUUAAGUGACUUCCCCAAGGGCACAUCUCCUGAUUGUGACAGCUGCUAUUUGAGUUCCCUUCUGACUCCGAAACCUCUUGGUCUUCAAUGAGGUAACAGGUGCGAAAAUGAACUGUGAAUGUACAAGUGCUAGGGCUUCCACGUGUACUCUUUGUACAAGUAGCUAAUUUGUUAGCUGGAUUACACAGAAAGGUUUUAUGGGAGCAUCAGUUCAGUUUAACCGUUUGAUGGCGCUACAGUGAAGUUGCUGUGAAUCCUGAACUCCUUGAAUAAGAAGAUGAUUGAACUGCUUAUUAUUCAAAAGACAACACUCACGGUAGAGGUGUGGAAAUUGCAACACGUGUGGAGGUUUGUGAGCAAGGUAUCGCUUGUCACUGUGUGGAUUG